GACCUCUCCUGCCCCGGAAGUGCAAGCUCGGAGGUCUGCCAGGUGUGGAUUCCGCCCGCAAGGCGGCUUCUUUCGAGAUGCCAGGGGCAGCCGCCAAGGGCUCGGAGCUGUCCGAGAGGAUCGAGAGUUUCGUGGAGGCGCUGAAGCGGGGCGGCGGGCGGCGCAGCUCUGAGGACAUGGCCCGGGAGACUCUGGGACUGCUUCGCCGCAUCAUCACGGACCACCGCUGGAGCAAUGCAGGGGAGCUGAUGGAACUGAUCCGCAGAGAAGGCCGGAGGAUGACGGCCGCGCAACCCUCAGAGACCACCGUGGGCAACAUGGUGCGGAGAGUGCUCAGAAUCAUCCGGGAGGAGUAUGGCAGACUCCACGGACGCAGCGACGAGAGCGAUCAGCAGGAGUCUCUGCACAAACUUUUGACAUCCGGGGGCCUGAGCGAGGAUUUCCGUUCCCAUUAUGCUCAACUUCAGUCCAACAUCAUUGAGGCAAUUAAUGAGCUGCUGGUGGAACUGGAAGGGACAACGGAGAACAUCGCAGCCCAGGCCUUGGAGCACAUCCACUCCAACGAGGUCAUCAUGACCAUUGGCUUCUCCCGCACAGUGGAGGCGUUCCUCAAAGAGGCCGCCCGAAAGAGGAAAUUCCAUGUCAUCGUGGCAGAGUGUGCACCUUUCUGUCAGGGUCAUGAGAUGGCAGUCAAUUUGUCCAAAGCAGGUAUUGAGACAACUGUCAUGACUGAUGCUGCCAUUUUUGCUGUUAUGUCAAGAGUCAACAAGGUGAUCAUUGGCACAAAGACCAUCCUGGCCAACGGUGCCCUGCGAGCUGUGGCGGGAACUCAUACUCUAGCACUGGCCGCAAAACACCAUUCCACCCCACUCAUCGUCUGUGCUCCUAUGUUCAAGCUUUCCCCACAGUUCCCCAAUGAAGAAGAUUCGUUUCACAAGUUCGUGGCUCCUGAAGAAGUCCUGCCUUUCACAGAAGGGGACAUCUUGGAGAAAGUCAGUGUCCAUUGCCCCGUGUUUGACUACGUCCCUCCAGAGCUCAUUACUCUGUUUAUUUCCAACAUUGGUGGGAAUGCACCUUCCUACAUCUACCGCCUGAUGAGUGAACUCUACCAUCCUGACGAUCACAUCCUAUAACCACCACUCGUCCUAAGCAGAAGUUGCUUAGGCAAAGACAGAAUGGAGAGAUUUCUGUGCCACGACUGAAAUGCAUCUUCCUUGUAAUGGGGGAGCGAACAAGAGUCAGCCUUAGAAAACCUGAUACUGUUUCCUGCCAUUGCGGUCAUCCCAUAACUGAGAUGCAUCUCCCAGGACUGUUUUUUGUCUCUUGGAUCUUACAGAGCCAGCAGAGCUUGAUCUCUUGAUUUUGGAGCCUCUUAGUGACUUGGAGUAUCUGUUUCAGGAACUUAAACUUCCUGGUUCAGUGGUGUUUUAAACACAACACCGAAGACUUGCUGGGCUACAGGUUUUUGCUCAGAAAUGACUGCCACACCUUUUCCGAGGCCGUGCCAAUAAAAGCUGCUUGAAGGUU